AUGAGAAGUACAAAUCUGCUCUUAUCUACGAUAGUUACUACACUAGCAAUGUUUACUUAUGUAGUGAAUGCUAGCAAAGUGGAUCUAUCGCGGCACUUAAACAGUACUGCGCCUUUGAUUUCUACGUGGUCGGAUCCUGUGAAUAAAUCAACAGUCGAUUCAAUUAAGGCAAUUAAGGGAAUUUCUAUUGGCGGAUGGUUAGUUACAGAACCCUAUAUUACUCCUUCCCUUUACUGGUCGGCCAAGCAUUCUUCUUAUGCAAAUUCUCGUACAAAUGUUAAUAUUGUGGACGAGUACACAUUAUGCAAAGCACUUGGACAGGAAAAAGCACGCCAAUUAUUGACCCAACACUAUAACUCAUGGAUCACGAGAAAAGACAUCCAGAAUAUAAAGAAGCAUGGUUUCAAUCUCGUACGUAUCCCGAUAGGUUACUGGGCGUGGAAAAAACCUGGAUCUAUUGAUCGUUACGUUAACGACAUGAUGUACUAUGAUCCAUAUGUUGGUGGUAUUCAGUUGUCAUACUUCAACAGGGCAUUAAGGUGGUGCCGUGAUGCUGGACUCAAAGUUAUGAUUGACUUGCAUGGUGUUCCGGGAUCUCAGAAUGGUUUUGACAACUCCGGUAGAAGAAUCUUUGACGGUGAGGGCGAACUUGGAUGGUUAAAGGAACCCGGUACUAGAGAGUUAACUGUGGAAAUAUUAAAGGUCAUCUACGAAGAAUACACCACUGGUGAAUGGAAGGAUUUAAUCACAGGUAUUGAAGUUGUGAAUGAACCGAUGGCAAGCAGAAUCGGUGAAGAUGACAUUAUAAGCUUCUAUGAAGAAACAAUUGAUGACUACACGGAAUCUGAUGCAGCCACCACAUUAGUACUUCAUGAUGCCUUUCAACCUCUUGGUUACUGGGAUGAGUACAGAAACGACACGAAACUCCCUAUUCUUAUCGAUCAUCACCACUAUGAGGUCUUUAAUUACCACCAAAAUGCUAAUGAUCAAUUCAGCAGAUUGAGCGAUAUUCUAGAAUAUGGAGAUGAUUUGGCAAAGGAACAAGCGUCCCAUCCAAGUAUCGUUGGAGAAUGGUCGGGUGCCAUUACCGACUGUGCAACAUGGUUGAAUGGUAUUGGAAUCGGUUCAAGAUACGACGGUACAUAUUACGACAAGCUUAACCGUUCUUCAUCAGAAAAUGGAGCUUUGGGUACUUGCCAGUCAUAUAAGUCUAUUUCAGAAUGGGAUUCAGAGUACAAAACUCGUGUUCGUCAAUUCAUCGAGGCACAAUUAGUGUCGUAUACCAACAAUUCCAAGGGAUGGAUCUUCUGGAACUGGAAGACAGAAACCGCACCAGAGUGGGAUUACUUAAAAUUAGUUGAAAGCAACUUAUUCCCCCAUCCCUUCGACAACUUGACUUACUUCUAUCCUAAUGGUUCUAUAAAGGCCACCAACGACUCAUCACUUCUAUCAGCAAGCGGAGUUGACUUAGAACACAGACAUGCUAAUGGAGCAGCUAGACUUACAGGAAACCCAAUGUUACAGCACGCAUUCCAAUAUUUAAGUAAGUUAACACCUCUACUGGCGGCUGUAGCUUUAGUAGCUGUAGUUUCAUUCGCAAACUUCUAA